AUGGCGGAGUAUUGGAAAUCAGCGCCCAAGUUUUGGUGCAAGCAAUGCAAGAUCUUCAUUCGCGAUACCGCCUUCGAAAAGUCUCAACAUGAGGCUACAGCCAAGCAUCAGGGUAAUCUAAAGCGCUUCCUUCGUGACAUCCAUCGGAACAAUGAGCAGCAACAGCGCGAAGCACAGAGAGCGAAAAAUGAGGUUGAGCGACUUCGCCAGACCGUAGCCGGGUCUGCGGGUGGAAAAGACGGGGAUGCUGCGCCCUGGAAACGUGCGCCCGCCCCGGCGCCCAAACCUCAGGAGCGACCUGUUUCUCUGGAAGAGAGAAAGCGACAAAUGGCACAAUUAGCGGAGAUGGGUAUCGCUAUUCCGGAAGAAUACCGCAGUGAGAUGGCCCUGGCCGGAGAAUGGCAGACACUGUCGGAGAAAGUCGUACAACCUUCGGAGGAAUCAAAAGCCAGUCAAUCACUAGGGGUACGCAAACGAAAGCAUGAAGAGCGGGAUGAGGAGGAAGAAGAGGCGAAACAGGAAGCCGAACGGUUCGUUAGUAAGGGCUGGGGCUCCCGGACACGAGUGUAUCCGGGUGCCCAAGAGGACACUGACCUCGAUGCUCUUUUGGAGUCGACGAAAGAUAUUAAAAAGGGUAAAUCUGCAGCUCCUGCGGAAUCGGCGCCGGAGCCAGAGCCUGAGAAGGCGUCGGAUUCCGUCAAGGGUCAGUUCCUGCCGGUCAAGUCGGAAGGGGAUGCAGCAGCUCCGGAGACCGGUGAGCCGUCUCAAGUCAAACAGGAGAGCGAGACUGCCCCCUCCGAGGCGGCUCCUGUGACAAAGGAGGAACUGGAAGAUGCCCCAGCUACUGGGGUUGUCUUUAAAAAGCGCAAGGCUAAGGUUAUGAGAAAGUAA